AAUAAUAAAAUAACAAUAAUAAUCAGAAUGCCCUGCUAACGAACCACUAACUGCCCUCCAGGCUACGUGCCUGCCUUACUACCUACAGGAUCGGAUUACUACCUUACCUUGCCUUAGUGAGUCGGCCUCUCCCGGGGCACCACAGCUCCAGUAACUUGGAACCGGAAAACUGGAGUGAAAGUGGAAUGGGAACUGGGCAAUGAUUCCAACCGUUGCUCUUCCCAAUAAUAAUAACACGGGAUCCCGAAUUAACACUAUCGCAUACCACUAUGGAAUCAUGAGGAGACGAACGGGCAACAUCUCCGUCACCAGCUCGCCCUGCUGUGCUGGCCGGGGAAAGCCAAAAAGCGGGUCAAACGGGUCGGAUCUCUUCGCCAGGAAUAAUCAUCAUCGCCCUAAUUUCAAAGCCCAGCAGCAGCGCGCCAGCAGUAGCAGUAACAGCAGCAGCAGCCGCAGCAACCCCAGACGACCACGCCUGAAGGCUAAACUAAAGUCAAAGUCAAAUGAGAGAAAAAAAAAGAAAAAGGAAAAUAAAAGGAAGGGAGAAAAGAAAAGCAGCCCAAUCUGCCGAGCAGAAGGAAUUAUCAAGUCCGGCCUCGCUGGAGAGCUGGGAGGACGAGGACGAGGACUACGUAACUCGUAAGUAGGCGCGUCCGAUGCAUUGGAUCUCGGAAAUAUUCUGGGAGUGAGGGACGGCGACUGGGUAGGGUUAUACGAAGCGGGAUGGGCAACGGACUGAGGUGACGACAUGCUGCCUGGCUGGAAUUUGUUUUUUGUCGCGGUUAUGAGGUUUC